AUGAUGUCACGGGAGUAAAUAACAUAAUACUUCGUGUAUUAAUAUUUAUUUUACGAGUGUAUGAGGCCUAUAAACUUGGAACUCAUUUGAAACAAUGAACAGUAAAAUAUUAAGUACAAUUGCUAAUGCUAUGGACACCAAAGAGGAACUAAAGAAGCGAAUAGAAACAUCUAAACUUGUAUCACAAGAGUUGCAGACCUGCAUUCAAAAUUGCCAAAACCGAUUUGGAGGUAAAGCUGAACUUGCUACAGAAGAUGAUAUAAGAAUAGUACAGCUUUGUGAAAAAUGGGAAAAAGUCCUCAGUCACGGUAUAAGAACCAACUUAUCCAACUCCGCUUUACAAACCUUGGUGACGGCUGGGUUAAAUUUUACAUUUAACAUAGUCAAUAUUGGAAAUUCUUUGUGGAGCUACACAUGUCUUCACCUCACUAAACAUGAGAAAGAAAGAUUUAAAAUUCUAUCAAAUAUCAACACUCCACUUGGGUACUUCAGGGCCUUCAUUAGAGCUGCUUUAAAUGAAAGAUCAUUAGAAAGAUAUCUCCAAAGCUGGGUAGCACAUGGUCUCCUGAUGGAGUAUUAUGAAGAAGGUGCAUUAGUAAGGAACAAUGAAUUAGCAUAUCAGUUACCUAACAUGGCUUCAGGAUUAUCAACAAUUUUGUUUGCAUUAUCAAUUGAUAGAGCGGAAUUAAAUGAAACUCAGCAAGCAAACCAAUCAAAUAAAGCAGAACUAGUCAUAUCCUUGCCCGCUCCUGUCAAACCUUCCAAUCUAAAGAGGAAGCCGCUGCGCCAAGUCAUAUCAUUUGACAAAAAUGAUUCGAAAAAUAAAACCAAAGAUGACAGGAAACUGUCACGGUCGCCAAGUAUGAAAGAUGACUCUUUAUGGAACAGCGCGCCCGCUACAUGCCUGAACUCUCCGGACCCUAAAACUCUUCCUCAAGCUUCCACUAGUGAACCCACCAGCUCAGAAUAUAAGAAUAGCAUACGACAUUUCUUCCCUGAUAGUGUGAGGGGCAUGGAUAGUCCUUCGCAAAUCCUUUCAAAAUUGUCAGAGUGUGCUAAAGAAAUAUUUUCGUCAUCUAACAGCAUAGAUACAAACAAUGUGGCUAAAGAUGAUAUAUCUGUAUCAAGUAUUAAUAAUUUGAAAAUAUAUGAGAGUGACAGUGAAGAAGUAGCGGGGAGCAUUGACGGGAGCACUUCUUGUCUGGAACUUUGUUUUACGGAAGACGAAAGCGUACCUGACGACAAGUCUCAUUCCAUUUUAGAAAUAAGAGAUAAGGAAUAUUUGAAUUUACAAUUAAGGUGUAAUCAUAUUGAGCAGACAAGCAAGGAAAAAAUACUUAAAUUAGAGAAAAUCAUUCUGGAUCUAAGCAAAGAGAACGACCGUCUUAAAGAACAAUUAAGACAGUACAUGUCUGCGGUUGAAAUGGGCGUUGCUUUGAAAAACAACGGCGAGGAGCAGGAAACUGAACAGUAUGAGAAAAAACUGGUCCAAGUUGCUGAAAUGCACGCAGAGCUGAUGGAAUUCAAUCAGCAUUUACAAAAACGCUUGCAAGAACUAGAGAGCAGAUCGGAACUCGAGAUACUCGACCAUCCUGAAACUAAUGUGAAAGCUUAUAUCCCCACCGCGUUUCUGGUCGGCAAGAAAACUCAAUCCUAUCACGUCUAUCAGAUAUUUCUCAAGAUCGGUCAUGAAGAAUGGAAUGUGUAUCACCGAUAUGCUAAAUUCCACGAGCUCCACAUGCAGCUAAAGAAAUUACAUCCAGACAUAGCGUCAUAUAACUUUCCUCCAAAGAAAACCCUGCGAAAACGGGACGCACAUGUCGUGGAGAGCCGGCGAGUGGCGCUGCAGGCGUAUUUGCGGCACAUUUUGCUGGUCCAACCCGAGUUGAGGGAGUGCACCAGUCGAGCGCAGCUCAUCACCAUCUUGCCAUUCUUUGGCACUUCCUCGUCCUCGAGAUCGAACGGAUCGAGUCACAUGUUAAAUCGUCAACAUUCCAACGAGUCAACUUCCACUUACGACGCUCUCUGAUUGCCAAGUAAAUAACAUUAUUACGAGCUUUAGACCAUGGUUGCAUA